AUGGCUGACUGUUGCCAGCCCCUUGGGAAGGUCCCCGACGAUGCCAGGGCGUUGGAAGCGCCGAGGGGACGUUCCCAUGCCGUCCCCGUCGUGCUCACCGAGGCCCCGGCACACACGUCCAGCUGCUUGUCUGUCCACGAGCUAUUCCUUCCCAAGAGGACUCAGUUUCCCCUGCUGCCCCUCACCGCUUGCCUGGCCGGGGCCAUCCCCCGCCGCGUCUCCUGGCUGUGCCCUGUGCCCCCUCGGUCCCCAUGUGACCGUGCUCGGCGUGCCUGCUGCCGGGGUGGCACGAUGGACCUGGCGUACGUGUGUGAGUGGGAGAAGUGGCCCAAGAGCACCCACUGCCCGUCGGGGCCCCUGGCCUGUGCCUGGUCCUGCCGCAACCUCAUCGCCUUCACCACCGACCUGCGCAGCGACGACCAGGACCUGACACGCAUGAUCCACAUCCUGGACACGGAGCACCCAUGGGAUGUGCACUCCAUCCCGUCGGAGCACAGCGAGGCCAUCACCUGCGUGGGCAGUGUGGUGGAGGGAGACCCCAUCGUGGCCCUGUCCUGGCUGCACAACGGCGUGAAGCUGGCCCUGCACGUGGAGAAGUCGGGCGUCUCCAGCUUCGGCGAGAAGUUCUCGCGCGUCAAGUUCUCGCCCUCCCUCACGCUGUUCGGCGGGAAGCCCAUGGAGGGCUGGAUUGCGGUGACGGUCAGCGGCCUGGUGACCGUGUCCCUGCUGAAGCCCAGCGGGCAGGUGCUCACGUCCACGGAGAGCCUGUGCCGGCUGCGAGGCCGCGUGGCGCUGGCGGACAUCGCCUUCACGGGCGGCGGCAACAUCGUGGUGGCCACGGCGGACGGCAGCAGCGCGUCGCCCGUGCAGUUCUACAAGGUGUGCGUGGGCGUGGUCAGCGAGAAGUGCCGCGUGGACACGGAGCUGCUGGUGUUGGCAUCUGCCGGCCACCACGGCCAGGCCUCAGUCGGUGACAAGCCGCCCAUGAUCCUCAAGUGGCGCAUCCUGUCCGCCACCAACGACCUGGACCGCGUGUCGGCCGUGGCGCUGCCCAAGCUGCCCAUCUCACUCACCAACACCGACCUCAAGGUGGCCAGCGACACCCAGUUCUAUCCCGGCCUCGGGCUGGCCCUGGCCUUCCACGACGGCAGCGUGCACGUGGUGCACCGGCUCUCGCUGCAGACCAUGGCGGUCUUCUACAGCUCAGCGGCGCCGCGCCCGGUGGACGAGCCAGCCCUGAAGCGCCCCCGCACCGCCGGCCCUGCCGUGCACUUCAAGGCCAUGCAGCUGUCCUGGACGUCCCUGGCGCUCGUGGGCGUCGACAACUACGGGAAGCUGAGCGUGCUGCGCGUCUCGCCCUCCAUGGGCCACCCGCUGGACGUGGGCCUGGCGCUGCGGCACCUGCUCUUCCUGCUGGAGUACUGCAUGGUGACCGGCUACGACUGGUGGGACAUCCUGCUGCACGUGCAGCCCGGCAUGGUGCAGAGCCUGGUGGAGAAGCUGCACGAGGAGUACACGC